AUGAAGUUCAGCUUCGCAGGCCUACUCGUGGGCAUGGCCCUGAAUGCUCUCGUUUCAUACGAGACGACGGAUGCAGUGCUGUGCAUAUGCCAUCCAAGUAGCUGCGUUUUAAUCAACGCGAACAAUUCCGUAAUGAGCACGCCCGAGAAGUACUGCAUCGCGAACAUCACGAACAUCAAAGAUAUGCUGAUGUUGCGCUACAAUGAAACGACGCUUCCGGUCGAUAUUCUCGGAUCGUACACCAAUCUGAGCUCGAUCGAGAUUUUUCAAGGAUCGCUUCAGCACAUCAAACCGGGAGCAUUCGAGAAGCUGCCGACGUUGAUCAAGCUGGACAUCCGUGGCAACGAUAUCAGAACGCUCGAGGACUACACCUUCCGCGGCAUGUACGCGUUAGAGAUACUUGAUCUGAUUUCGAACAAUUUGUCAAGCAUCGCACCGAACACCUUCGACGGUCUGAAGAGUCUUGUCCGUGUGGCACUGUCGGGCAAUCGCAUCACUCAGCUGCCAGCGAAGCUGUUUAGCUCUUCACCGAUGUUGCGAACGAUCGCGCUGAACAACAACUUACUCGCAGAGCUCCCGGUCGGGGUUUUCGACAACAUAGAGCAACUCAUCCGGCUCGAUCUAUCGCACAAUCGGUUGAAAACGUUUUAUUUUCCUGACUUAAAGGUGCUGUUGCUGUUCCUGCGCAACAACACGCUGACGAGCCUGUAUAUCGAUGAUCAUGUGAAGUUUGUGCAGGCGAAUCAGAACCGCAUUGAAGCGAUAAUGGGUACCGGGCGCAAUAUUACCGAUCUGGUACUCACCGAUAACGCUAUCACGGAUGUACGGCCAAUUACGCGCAUGACCAACCUGACCAAGCUAAGCCUCAGCAACAACCCUCUGCGACCGGACAGUGUCUUUGGCUCUUUGGAAAAACUGCAAGAAAUGCUGCUGAGCAACACAAGCAUCCAAAUAGGCGAAAGCACGUUCGCCAAUCUCACCGCGAUGUCGCUGCUAGAUCUGUCCUUCAACAAUCUGACGGAGCUCGAUUUCCGAAUGUUCUCCUCCAUGAGCGAGCUCGAGUCACUGAUUGUGGCGUACAAUCGCAUAAAGGUGAUCAACUUUAUCGAACUGCGUGAAUACCUACCCGUACUGCGCGUGCUGGAAAUCUGCGGCAAUGGCUGGAACUCGACGUACAUGCAGCGCGUAUUGUACCAAAUGCAUCGCUACAAGCUGCAGGCAGACAUGCAAGGACUUUCGCACUCCUUCAUCUUCUCCUCCCUUUUCGUCGAAUUGUGUUCCGCGAAUUCGGAAACAUCCACCAAAGCGUCGCCGGAGUACAGUGACUACUCCUCGGAAAACGUUAGUGAUAUACUCGAUCAGGAAAUUGCGGAAUUUUAUCCUACAACCUCCCAGAGCCCCGUUACAACGGCGAAGGAAACGGAGAAACCAAUCCAAAUGUCUACGACGUUCAAAACAACCACCGCGUCUAUGGAGAAUUCCGUUGCAGAACCAACGGUUGCCGUUAGAAUGAACACUGUUGGCAGUAUGUCAUCCGCGGCUGACGUUACUCCCGCCGACCAGCAGCCAGUGGUGGGAUCAUCGCCACUAUACAUCACAUUCCAGGUGUUAGUGUAUACCUUCUCCGUGUUCGGUGUAGUGUGCCUGGUAGUGCUCGGGUACUAUGUGCGUCAACGACGGUUCGAUGUACGUCGACUUACGCCCGUCGAAACGACCGAUUCUGUGCGACUAAUGUAA